GCAGCUCCUCAUCGAAGAUGCGCGUCUCCACCUAUGCGGUUCUGUGCGCGAUGUGCUUGGCUUCCUCUGUUUUUUCGACUUUGCACCCGGAAUGUGAAUACAUUUUCCAGCUGGAAAAAGAUGAGCAGCACUGCCUAAAAGAAAUAGUAGGACGUGAAAACCAGACCACUCCAGGUUGCCCGGCAUUAUGGGAUUCUGUUGUGUGCUGGCCGAGCGCUGUGGUUGGUGAGACGGUCAACGCCCCCUGUCCAGCGGUCUUUUCCCUCUUCCGGAACAACACUGGUACUGUGAGUCGGAACUGCACAGAGGGGGGAUGGACGAGGCCCCACCCUCCGUACUACAUUGCCUGCAGCGUGGAGGACGAGAUACCAGAGGAGACCUACCUGGCCACAGUGAAGAGGAUUUACACAGUGGGGUACAGCACAUCCCUGGUCUCACUCGUCGCUGCCGUCGCCAUCUUGUUGUUUUUCAGGAGGCUCCGCUGUCCACGUAACUACAUUCACAUCCAGCUGUUCGUCAGCUUCAUCCUGAAGGCGGUGGCUGUGUUCGUGAAAGACGCUGCCCUGUUCGCUGGCGAGGACACAGACCACUGCACGCUCUCCACAACCGUGUGCAAGGCCUCGGUGGUGUUCUGCCACUACUGCGCCAUGACCAAUUUCUUCUGGCUCCUGGUGGAGGCGCUGUACCUGAACGCACUCCUGCUGUCCGCCGUCCACCGGAGAGGGCGCUUCCUGUGGUGGUUUGUGGUGCUGGGCUGGGGUGUUCCCGUAGUUUUUAUAAUCCUGUGGAUUGUGUCCAGGGUUUAUUUCGAAGACUCAGAAUGUUGGGACAUCAACGAGGAGUCUCCGUAUUGGUGGAUCAUCAAGGGGCCGAUUGUGGUGUCUAUCGGGGUCAACUUCGUCCUGUUUAUGAACAUCAUCAGAAUCCUUGUGCAGAAGCUGAACCCGAGGCUCAUUCAGUUCAACAAUUCCUCCCAAUACAGGCGUCUGACCCGCUCCACUCUCCUCCUCAUCCCUCUGUUCGGAACCCAUUACAUGAUGUUCAGCUUCCUGCCGGACCACGUCCACCUGGGGCUCCGCCUCUACAUUGAGCUCUGCUUCGGAUCCUUCCAGGGGCUUAUUGUAGCUGUUCUUUACUGCUUUCUCAAUAAAGAGGUCCAGACGGAGGUCCGGCUGAAGUGGUUAAGAUGGCAGGAGAGCAGUUACGGGGUGGUCCCUGCUGGCGCCAAAGGGAGUCAGAUGGACACGCCCUUCUGA